AUAAUGUAUUUCGACCAUUAAGGAUAUAUGUAUACAUCGUCUCGACAUUAGCCACUGGGGCCUUCGGCCGGCCAGUUAGUUGUUUGACUGGUCUAGGUUCCACUUCUCACAUUAAUGUCAUAUAAAAAUAUAUGUUAUAAUGAAUAUAUGAAACUAAAAGUCUUACAAAACCAGCGUGACAAUUCCACACGGACGAAUUAGCUGGCACCAGCUUGCACUCUUAUAUAGCAGUAGUAUUUACGAAUAUAUAUAACGUUACGGACCACCUGUAACUGUAUAUAUACCUCAUUGUUGUAUCGUGAGUUCACUUCUUUACACGUGUUGUGGAUACAGCGAAGAUGUUUUCAAUUAAGUUUUCGUUUUUGUUAAUAAGUGCAAACGUGAUAAUUACUUUUGGAGAACCACCAAAACAAUUUUUCCGUCCCGACUACGAGAAAUACAUGCCAGAAACAGAUAGUUUCUAUAAAAUUUACACGCAGCAUAAAACUUUUGAUGAUGCGAAGGAGACUUGUGAAUUAGACGGAGCAGAAUUGUUUUAUCCGGAAGAUGAAGACGAGGCUAAGGCUGUGAUAUCUUACUGGCAGGAAACUCAAAGGUUCCACUGGAUUAUAAUCGGCGUUCACGCACCGUUUGCUCCAGAUGUUUUCGUAACGAUUCAUGGUGAUUCGAUAAACACUGUUUAUAAAAAAUGGGGUCAAGGUGAACCAAAUAGUUUCCAGGUAUUGAAGAAAUGUGUUAUUUUGCGGCAUAUUUUGAGCAUUAGCGAUGCUGUCUGCAAUCAUCUCUACCCCUUUAUUUGUAAGAAACGAGCGAGCACGAUUCGUUGGAAUAGUCUAUGUGAUCUGCCAAAUAGGAGUUACAAAUAUGUGGAACAAUUAGGUAGAUGUUACAAAUUUCACACAAAUCCAAAAAACUGGACGGAGGCGUUCCGAGCCUGCAAUGCCGAACAGGGCUACUUGGCUAUUAUAGACAGUCAGGCAGAAGCGGACCACCUCGUAAACAUCACAAGGAUGGCGAAUAAAGAGGACGUGGAGGGCAGUUAUCUUCGAGGUGCCAUUCAUUUAGGAUUUGUUAAGAAGAAUUCAGUGUGGCGCUCUAUUAUGGGUCGGCCACUCAAAGCCCUGGGCUACAAUAUGUGGGGCACAAACCAACCUGACGGAGGAGAUAGAGAGAACUGCGGCUCCAUGUUCUUCAAUGGCAAACUCAACGACAUCGGAUGCAAUCAACAAUGCUUUUUUAUAUGCGAAAGAGAGAUACCGCUAUUAGAAAACUCCAUUAACUUAAGGUUUGGUGAUUACGGUGUUGUACAGUAAUUAUUAGUCAAUUACUCGUUAUUUGGUAAUAUUACACUUUCCGGUAUACCAGCGGUCUUAGUUACAUUCUAUUUUAAACGAGUCAGCAAAAGGAUAAUUAUAAUUCUUUUGAUAAAGAGACCUUUUUAAACGUUUUUAUUCUUUAUCAAACAAACCAAAUCUUGAAUAUUAUGAAACACAUGCAGAUUAAUUAUACAUUUUCGUCAUGUUAAAAAUGAAUAUGCCUCUGUAUAUAAGAUAAUUGUAUGCAAAAUAUUAUUUCGAGCAUUGACUUUUAUUUGUUAAGACACAUUGUAGCGGGUUGGGCGGACGUCAGAGCGGAAAGGAUAAUUAAUCGCGACGCCAUCGUGAACUCUUACUCCAACGCUUCAUAUGCAAGAUUAAGCGCGAACUAUGACACCGCAUGUCAUGUUUGUAUUCAGAUCACUAGAAAGAAAAACUAAAUGUUACACAAUAAAAGGAUAUUUAGGUAAAAUAAGAUGCAGUAGCCCCCACACUAGGAAUCCCCACUUUUGACAUUUUAACUGUAUUUAGAAAUAAUUGCUACAUUUUCUACGU